AAGUCAUUUAAAGGAAUUGAAAAUAUGAUAAUGGCUAGUACUAAGGCGUUCUACUCUUUCUUCAAAACUCUUUUCCUCUUCUUUUCUCUAGUUCUCCACAAGAGACUGAGGAGCCCAUCAAGUUCUCUCCAUAGAAAGGUCAGCUCUUUGAAAUUCCGGAGGUUCUCUUCUCUUGCCUGUAACAGAUCAGAUGAGCUUUUAAACCAAACCAUAGUCUUUGAUGUAGAGGGAACAUUGUUGAGGUCUUCAUCUUUGUUUCCUUACUUCAUGCUUGUGGCUUUUGAAGCUGGAGGGCUCUUAAGGGCACUGGUUCUUCUCCUCUUCUAUCCCUUUAUCUGUUUCAUGAUUAGUGAAGAGAUGGGUUUAAACCUAAUGGUCAUGGUUUGCUUUCUGGGUAUUAAAAGAGAGAAGUGUAGAGUUGGGAGAGCUGUGUUGCCUAAGUUCUUCUUGGAAGAUGUGGGUCUUGAAGGUUUUGAAGUGGUUAUGAGAUUUGGGAGAAAGGUAGGCAUUAGUUGUUUGCCUACAGUGAUGGUUGAUGGCUUCUUGAGAGACUAUUUACAGGUUGAUUGUGUUGUGGGUAGAGAGUUGAAGGUGUUCCAUGGUUACUGUGUGGGUUUAAUGGAGGAAAAAAAUUUGAUUAAUGGUGAGGUUUUGGAGGUUCUAGAAAACCAGACCAAAAUGGGUUGUGAUGUUGUGGCCCUUCAAAAGUUGAAUAACAAAUGUCAUGAGCAUCCGAAGUUGUUCUCUUAUUGCAAGAAGGAGAACGUCUACAUGGUGAGUGAAACGGAGAAGAGGAACUGGCAUGAGCUACCAAAGGUUCAAUACCCCCAACCACUAAUCUUCCAUGAUGGUAGAUUGGCUUUCAGGCCCACCCCACUUGCCACACUAGCCGUGAUCAUUUGGGUCCCGUUUGGCGUCUUCCUUGCCAUCUUCAGAGCCCUUAUUGCCUUACUAUUGCCCUACAAUAUGAUGAUCCCAAUUUUAAGCUUCAGUGGGAUGAGAUUCCAAACAUCCCCCAAUCCCAUUAUUUCAUCUGCCACAUCCAAACAAGACCCAAAUGUAAAGGGCCUUCUCUACGUGUGUAAUCACAGAACACUCCUGGACCCACUCUACCUUUCAGCUGCCAUCAGGAAGCCUCUCACUGCUGUCACAUAUAGCCUGAGUAGAGUAUCAGAGGUAUUAGCACCAAUCAGAACCAUCCGAUUAACAAGAGAUAGAGAUGAAGAUGCAAAGAUGAUGAAGAAGCUGUUAAGUGAAGGAGAUCUUGUGGUGUGCCCAGAAGGGACCACUUGUAGGGAACCCUAUCUUUUGAGGUUCAGUCCCUUAUUUGCAGAAAUGAGUGAUGAGAUAGCUCCAGUUGCCAUGCAUGUGCAGGUCACCAUGUUCUAUGGUACAACGGCAGGUGGGCUUAAAUGCUUGGACCCACUCUUCUUCCUGAUGAACCCAAGUCCCAUUUACCAUGUCCAGUUUCUUGAAAAGGUAUCUAGAUCGUCCACGUGUCAUGAUGAUGCUAAAUCAAGGUUUGAUGUUGCCAAUCAUAUACAGAAGGAACUGGGUCAAGUGUUGGGGUUUGAGUGCACCAAGCUUACCAGGAAGGACAAGUAUUUGAUAUUAGCUGGUAACGAAGGGAAUGCUUCUUCUUCACCCAAACAUAAAAUCACAUGAUGUGUUAACUUUCACCACCACUUAGAUGUCAAGGCUGUGUUUGGUUUGUAUUUUCGAAAUAGAUUCGAAGUUUAGAAUGUAUUUUGAAAAAAAAAAUUCUUUAUCAUUUCAUAUUGAUUGUAUAUCAAACACAGCCUAAGAUAGUAAUGAUAGCCUGAUAGCCUAAUAGCUAGGCUCAAUUUGUGCACGCUUGUUAAGUGCUAAGGUGCAAAUUUGGUAGGUGUGGGAUCACUUUUGAGUGUUCUGAUGUGGUCUCAUUCACGUGUAAUGUAAGCAAUAUUAAUAUUAGAGAUAAUAGGGUGAGAGAAAGCUCUUAAUCAUCCUUUGUACGUCAUUUAUUAUAUUUAUAAACGUCACAAGGCAUGUAUUAUGUCCUGUGGAUAAAUGAUGUAUUCAUCCCUACUAUCAGACAGAGAGGGUAUAGUACAAAUUAAUCAUAUAUCAAAUUUUAAAGUCUAA